CUAGCCUUGCAGGCUAACUAGUGUACAAGAGACGUGGGAAUGGUGCUGUUUUGUUAGCCUACACUGCUUAAAUUACAGAAAGAAAAUAGGCUUUCGUCCAAAUACGUUACAGCGACAGAAGCAAUACAAAAUACGCCAGUAGUGAGAAUAUACUCUUUUUUAUUGUUACCCAGUCAUGAAAUAGGUAGGUAUCGAAAUAGGUGAGCUAGUUAACAUUAGCUCAGGUUGCUAAAGUGGUUAGCAGGAACUGUCAGCCUUUGAGGCGUAAACAGAAACCCGUGACAGGAAGAGCCUGUAAUAUCUGCUCUGUCUUGCUGCUGUUUGAGCUUCGAUCGACCCUCCCAGCUGAACCCCGUGAUCAACAAAAUAGCACAACAGAGUGGAGGAAAAAUGGCGAGCGGGGAGGAGGUUGGACACCGCUCUGUUUCCUCCUCUUCGGUGGGCUUGGAGUCGCUGUUCCCAGCCGAGGAAGGCGAAGAGGCUGGCGUGGAAGGGAGCCCGGAGCUAGUACAACUGCGGGAGCGACUUCAGGGUUGGCUGUCCCAAUACGAGCCUGUAAUGUUGUGGGUGCAGCGGCUGUUGGUAUGGGAGAGGCCGCUGCACAGCAUCUUCGUUGCUUUCACUCUGAACACCGUCUUCUGGCUUCUCUCGUCCACGUCACUGCGACCUGUUUUUCUCCUGAGUAUGGCUCUUCUUGGACUCGUGCUACUGGACAGGUGGAAGCAUAAGUUGCCCAGUCUCUCAGUCCAGUUCCCAGAGGCGUCCAUGAAUCGAAGGGAGAGUGUGACGGUACAACCCAGGCUCCUCAGUGUGCCUGAACUCAGCCAUCACGUGGCGGAGAGUUACCUCACCUGCUGCCUGUACAUCCAGGAGGCGUUGCAGUACAAGCGCCUAAACCACGGCAAGUUCUGUGUGUUGGUGUGUGCUGGUUGCCUGGUUCUGGCUGGUGUGGGGCAUUACAUACCUGGAGUCAUGAUUUCCUACAUUAUCUUGCUGAGCGUGCUGCUUUGGCCUCUGGUGGUGUACCAUGAGCUCAUCCAGAAGAUGUACACGGGGCUGGAGCCCAUCCUGAUGAAGCUGGACUACAGCAUGAAGGGAGACACUCAGCCCCACAAGAAGAAGGUGAAGAAGGAGUCAGAGGACGGGGACGAGCCGCUGGUGGAGACGGAGAGUGAGAGUGAAGAGGAGCUGUCCUGCUUUGCUCCCACGGUGGAUGUCAGGACCACAGCCCUGGCCAUGGCUAUCACAGACUCUGAGCUCUCCGACGAAGAGGCCUCCAUCCUGGAGAGCGGAGGGUUCUCUGUGUCCAGGGCCACCACGCCACAGCUCACCGACCUCUCUGAAGACCUGGAUGUGCUGAGCGUGCAUAGUGAGCAUGAGGAGACCUUCUCCAGUGACCUGCCCGAGUUCCCCUCUGUGGAGGAGUUCUCCAUCGAGCAGAACCUGCUGGCCUUCCCCCUGCAGUCAGGCUCCCCAGACCAGGGGGCUGCGGGGGACCCCCUCCCAGGGCAGGAGGCCCAGAGCCCCGCCAGCCUCCUGAUCCAGCACCUGGCCUCCCCCCUGCACUUCGUCAACACGCACUUCAACGGGCACGGCCGGCCGGCGGGGGGGACGGGGAGCGGGGCGGGGCCCGGGGGCCCGCGGGGGGGCGUGAGCCCCUCCCUGGAGGCCCUGAGCGAGGAGAUGGUGAGUACGGCCAUCUCCAGCGUGGUGCAGAGCACCCUGUCCGCCCUGCUGCGCUCCAGCGAGGCCAGCGAGGGCCCGGCCAUCGCCGAGUUCAUCCCGGACGAGACCCCUCCGGCCCCGGAGGCCGACCCCGAGGACCCCGCCGAGAGGGCCGACCCGCCCCAGGACACGCCCACCGACACGCCCACGCCCACGCCCGCGGAGGAGGAGGAGGACUUUGAGCUGCUGGACCAGAGUGAACUGGAGCUGAUGGACAGGGAGCUCGGUCUAUGCCCUGAGGCACAGGAGACUGACGCAGCCCCGCCCACACAGACAGCCCCUCCCACCCAGCACACCGAGGAGUCCUAGCUUCCUCACUGCGUGUAGUUUCAUUUAUUUAUAGUAAUAUAUCUACACACACAUAUAUGUAAUAUAUAUACACACACACACACACACACACACACACAUACAGGCAUGGCUCUACUCUUUCUCCUGCCCUAGGCAAGAUUGUAUACUAUGGUUGGGGAUGGAGGUGGGUAUGGGUGGGUGCUGGAACCAUUUGCCCCCCUCAAACAGAUGGCGGCUUAGGCUAUCACCUAUGCCUACAACCAGUCCUACACACACACACACACACACACACACACACACACACACACACACACACACACACGCAUACACGCACAUACACACCAACAAUUUACCAACAUACUCACUUGACGUGUUUUUUUUUGUUUUUUUUUGACAAGUUUUAAGUUGACUACUACAUGUUUUUUGUGGUGGGGGUGGGGAAAGAAAGUAAGGCCAUUGAUGUAAUAGCCACAUUUUCACAGUUGACUUUGAACUCGAGACUUGAUGACGGCUUAUGUUGGACGAGAUCUAAUCGUACAUGUACAGUUGAAGGGUUUCAGUCCUAUCCGAACUAGGUCAUAGUUUGGGGCGUACCAAAGUAGGAUAAUUACUGAUGCUCAAAUGAAGACGGCCAUUUUGUUAUGACAACAACACUGAUGGUAUUAUAUAUUUUUUAACAUGCCUUUAGUUUGACAUUUUUGACACAAAUUUAAAUUAAUAUUCAAGUUUCUAUGUAUAAAAUAGUUCAGUAUUUAUCAUAUAGCCUGUUGAGCGUGUAUAUAGUGUACAGUUGCAGAGUUUUUGGGGUGCUAAGCUGACUAGAUUUUGAGUAGUAGAAGUGUAGGAAGACAGACUCCUGUUUUGAGACGCCCCACAUCUCUGGGGACGUUCAGCCUGGUCCACUGAAACCAAUUGCUUAACCGGUGGGAUCAUGAGUUAGCUGACUGACUUUUAAAGGUAGGAAUGGCACUACUUGUGAAUGCCCUGGAUGUUUUGGGAUUAAUGUAAUGGGCUCGUGAAAACUGACAGAAAUCAGCAGGUCCCAAAUUUGCACGUUUGACAUUUUAUGCAUACUUCGGAUUUUCCCUUAUCAGAUGGCACACAACGGACUUUCUCAUUGCAUUUAUGCAUACUGGUCCUCUGGGGAAAAGCCAAUGGGUUCUGUUAAACUGAAACCAAGAGCGGUUCUGUUAUGACUGUCUCAUGUAUACAGAAUAACCUGAUAUGGGUAAAUAUUUAUGGAUAAAUAUCUGACUCUAAGGUAUUCCUAAGCUUAAAGCGCUAUUGGCUAUUUUCUGCGUAUCUAGUCUGAAGAUCAGUGUAGAUUGUGUACAGAAAUAAAUUGUGAUCGUUCAGCAGAGGAAAUUGAAAAAAGUGAAUCGGAAGCCAAACUGCCUCUUUUCCCUCUUCAUCCUGUUUUUCUGUUACUGGAGUAAAAAAUACAAAUAAAUAAGGGAACAAUAAAAUAGUUUGCAGUGGUUUCAACAUGAAAAAUGAAAGGUUAUUCUUUCUUUUAAAAAAAUAACUGAUAAAGCAGUCAGUCUGCCGUCUGAUGCUAAUUCAUUUCCCCUUUUGGUUGUGGUUGAUGCCAACCUGUUUCAGGUGCAUAAAGGGCCAGUUUAGCAGAUGAAGUUCACGCCUAGUCCAAGACUAAAUUAUCUAUACCAGAAUUAGGCUUAAUCUGUCUAUGAAAUCUGCCAAUAAUGUGAAUAAUUAGCACGAGUAAUAAUUGUAACAUAUUCCUCUGAGCCAGGGGUCGGGAGUGUACUGUAUGCAGGAGAACCCUUUGCUAGUCCUCCCGGGUGUUUUAAGUGAAGCACCGGUGGUGCAUGCGGGUGUGAAACGCUUUUUCACUGUCAGAGCUGUACUCUACUGCUGGGUGGCCUGACCAGGUGUUGGAACCACAUUUUGGAAUGGGUGAUUCAUUGGUUCAAUGACUUGUGCGUAAAAAACAUCUCUUACUUGUACAGUGCUAUGCAGUUCUAUACCUUCGGUAGUUUAACCAAGUCGUUGCUUUUACCCGGUCAUCCAGGACGAGGUUUGGACUCCUGUUGUGAUGUCUGUUUCUGGUUUCUAGACCAUAGCUGCACAUGUUCUCUGUAAAGUAGACCCAUAUGGUUAAUGCACCCAGGUGCUUACUGUCCUGUUUGGCCUUCUGAAACGUCCCUCAAAUGACAGCGCAGACCAGGCGUAUACUGGAAAACAGCUUUAUUAAUCACACCGAACGAAGCGCACUGCGUCCUGAAAUGUGCAUGGUUAGCAACUAUAAUCAUUUGGUUUGGAAAAAAAAUAAAAAAUGCUUGCUUACAUCCUGUCUGCAACUCGAAGAAGCCAUUUUAAACUAUCUUAAAAUGGUCAUAGUUGCUAUAAUAUCUUCCAAAAGUACUAACGUGGAAUGAGGUGUCUCGGUCAUAUUGGUUUGUAUUAAUCUUAAAGAACGGAUUUGGUUUUCCCUAACAAUGUAAUCUCAUUAAGUAUACAAUGUGUCUAAAGGUUAGAUUUAAUAAGUUAUUUAACGUCCUUUUGAUACUUAUGUAUUGUAGAAAUGUGCUUGUUUGCUUUUCUGCUUCUUAAUAUAUAAAAAGCACUUGAACCAGA